AUGUCCAACAAAUGGAAGGAAGAUCAGGAGCGUUUCUUCCUGAAAAACGGAGCGCUCGUGUUGGAACAGAUCAUCACUGGUUUCAACGGCAAAUGCAAUCCGAUUCGCAGUUUCACCGAACAAGAGCUCAACGAGGCCACAAACAGCUAUGAACGCGGUCGAAUACUGCGGGACGAUCUCUACCACACACUCUACAAAGGAAUCCACGAAGACCGCGAGAUUUCGGUGAAGAAAUUCAAAAGAACAUCGACCGUGGAAUGGAUCACUAACGAGAUCGCAAUCGCCUCCAACAUGAGCAACCACAAGCACGUCUUGAAGCUCAUCGGCUACUGUUUGGAGACCCAACUCCCUCUACUUGUAUACGAAUUUGCUGGCAACGGAAUCCUCUCUAAAUACAUAUAUAACGCCGCCAAUCAACCGCAGGAACUGCCAUGGGAGACUAAGCUGAGGAUUGCGACUGAGAUUUCAAACGCGGUGGCGUAUGUUCACUACGGAACAUCGAAGUUGAUUCUGCAUCGGAAUAUAAACCCUACUAAUAUAAUAUUAGGGGAGGACUAUGUUGCAAAAUUGCUUGAUUUUCAAUUGGCCAUACCAAUCCCUGCCGGUGAACAACAUGUUUAUGCAGAGGAGAUUUGUGGAAUUAUGGGGUAUGUGGCUCCUGAGAUCCUUAGCGGACGAUACACAGAGAAAUGCGAUGUGUAUAGUUUUGGAGUAGUACUGCUUGAAAUGUUGACACGUGAAAGAGUGGGAGAUUUGGGGGAUUUUUAUGAAUUGGGAACCAUUAUUGCUCCUGGUGAUGUCAACGGUUCCCUAGAUGCGGCCAUUGGCAGAGUCUCCUUUGAUAAGGAUCAUCAAUCUAGCUAUGAUUUUAUAGUCAGGAAAGAUGGUCAUGAUGAAUCUGGUUCUAAUCGUGAAUCUACCUAUGGUUUAAUAGCCAGGGAAGAUAGUGAUGAUGAAUCUGGUUCUAAUCAUGAGAAUGGGAGAAGUAAUUACUGGAACACGUAUUUUCAGUGCUGCUUGCAGGCCGUUUUAUUGGAAGAAGGAGAUAGGCAAUUGGUGGAAUUUGGGGAGCUCACACUUAAAUGUCUCAAACAUAAUCCUGAUGAAAGACCCACCAUGAAAGAAGUCUCGCAAGAACUCAGAUCCAUCAGUAGAAGACACAGCUAUGCUGUCCCUGUCGAUCAAACUCAUCAACCAAAAUCCCAAGCAAUAAGGUCGGCAUGGGAAGGGUGGGAAAGUCCAUGGAAGUUCGCAUUAAGCAGUGUUGAAGUUUCAGGCUUCGCUAUACCUGUUUAA